GCAGUGCGUCAGAGUCGCGAGUGGUGCAUAUGCUGUGAGUGAGUUGUGAGCGGUGAAGUGAAGUGCGUGUGGCAACAGGUGUGCCCAGGCGGUGCGCGUAGCACAAAAUGUGAAAAAAAUACGUGAUACCUGGGUAGCACCAACAGCUGAACAAGAAAAUGUCAGGUGAAGGCGCAGGCAGUCGAGAAACCUCAAUUAGUGAUAGUCCUUAUGAAUGUAAAAUGGAAGACAUGCAAAAAUGUGAAGGUGCGGCGGACAGUACGAAAAAUACUGACGGUUCUGUUACGGCUGAUAGUGCUAUUAAAGCUAACGGCCAGAUAGAUUUAUCACCAAAUGAAGAUAAAGAUGGUGAUAGUGAUAUGGGUGACAUAGAUAAAAGUCCGGUUCAUGUAUGGAAUGAGCCUGUAUCGCCUGUGGACAGUGAAGCCGACCAGUUUCAAGAUGCAUUUGAUUCAUUUCAUAGUAUAGAUAAUAUUGAUAAUGUGACAGUUUCAGAAGUUAAAUCUGUGAACACUAAAUGUGAUAUACAACAGUACAGCCAACAUAACAACAACUCUAAAAAUGUUGCUGACUCUGAAUUCAGUGCUGAAGAUAGUACUUUAAAUGGCAGUGAGAGCAGUACAAUGAGUGAAAGUACUCAAGAAUGUGAUGAGAAUAGGUGCAUACAAGAUCAGCAAGGUAUGUUAGUGGAAGAGGGAGUAGAAACAUCAAAUGAACGUAGUCUGAAAGGAAACUCUGAAGAACAGUCAGAAAAUGUUAAAGACGUAAUUGAUGAGGUUAUUAGUGAAUGCUGUGGUAGUGGUGAUGAGAAAAAACACCAACCCAGUAUGGAUUGCACACCUGUUAAGGAUUUACCACAAGUAACACAGUUACAAGUUGUUGGGGAAAAGGAUUCUAUAAGGACAGAGGAAAACCAGUCUACUACAAAGGGAAGCACUGUAACAGAGGAGAGUGGUGAGGAAGAUGGGGUCAUGGACUUCCUUGGCAAGAGUAACAAUCAAGCAGAGGCACGCCUUGCAGCACGGAGGCAAGCAAGAGCAGAGGCCCGUGAGAUCCGCAUGCGGGAGCUUGAACGACAGCAGAAGGAACUUGAAGAAAAUGCUGACAAAGUCUACGAUAUGUACACGGAUCCAACAUCACGAGCAGCGCGUGUGGCAGCCACUGUUACAUCAGGAAGACUGUCUGCCGGUGCAGGUGGCAGUAGUGGGAGUUAUACGUCCAGCCGCAGAUCUUCCGAGGACUCUUUGGAGGAAGGUAUCAACCUUCGGGAUGUUAGGCUGGAGCUGAAGGAGGUAGAGGAGAAGUUCCGGAAAGCUAUGGUCCAGAAUGCCCAGUUGGACAAUGAGAAAGCUUCAUUGACAUAUCAAGUGGAGCUGUUAAAGGAUAGACUCGAAGACCUGGAGGAACAGCAUGCACAGCUGCAGAGAGAACACCGUGAUAAAUGCAGGGAGCAUGACCAGCUUAAGAGAGCAGCAACGAAGUUGAAGGAGGAAGUAGAGUGGUUUCGAAUUCAACUUGAGGAAAGAGAUCUCCUAAUCAAGGAAGCAGGCAUGACAAUAGUUGGCGAUGACCAGGUGUCAAGUGAAGAUGAUAGUGGAGGGGAAAGUGGUGGGACCCCAACACGACAACCACCUUCCAAACCUCGAAGAGCACUGGUGUCCAUUGAAUCCGCGGAACUCCUUGGAACAGCUGGCGAAGGCUCGCUUGAUGUACGACUGCGUCGGAUAGCAGAGGAACGCAAUGAGCUGCUGGAUGAGGUGCGUCAUCUCAAGUUGGAGCUCGAGGAGUCACGCAGCCGUCAGCAUAAAGUGUCGGGGUUGGGUACAGGAUUGACAAAUUCUGUUGCCAGCCUGAAUGGGCCAGACACUUCGGGUAUAGCUGCAGAUCUGCAGAGAGAAGCAAAUAAACAGCUGGGAGACUACAAGUUCAAGCUGCAAAAGGCUGAGCAAGAUGUGUCAACACUGCAGGCAAAUGUGGCGCGACUGGAAAGCCAAGUUAUUCGUUACAAAGCAGCAUCGGAGUCUGCUGAGAAAGUUGAAGAUGAGCUGAAAGUGGAAAAGCGGAAAUUGCAGAGAGAGGUUCAUCAGUUGACCCAGCGCUUGAUGGAGACAGAAGAAGUGAAUAAAGCCUUGACCAGUGAGAUUGACCAAUUAAAGACUACACUCAGAUAACGUUACGUGAAGCCCAGGCACGGAUUGAAGAACUGGAGACGACCAACACACACCUCCAACGACGCCUUGAUAAGCUGAAGAGUGCCAAGUCUGCCCUGCUGAAAGAGCUGUGAGGCUCAUUUGCAACCUUACAUGCUGUAGCUCUAACUACCUGCAGCAUUUGUUCUCGCUUUGGCUGUCUCCACUGUGUAAUUGGCAAUAUCCGUGCCAUUUGCAAUGUACUGAAAUUAAUAUCAGGACAGUUUACCAUAGCAAGAAAGCUGAUAAAAGCAAAUCUCCUCAUCUGCUCUAGAGAGUUAAAUUUGUGUGCACCCUCCUGACAUUUUAAUUUUUUAUCUCAUGUGUCAGAUGUUAUCCGGCCUCAUAAUAUGUGUUGAGAAAAGUGCAUGGACAGCCUGUGGUUUCAUUUGCAUAAACCACGUACAACAAAGUCCAAGAUAAUUCAGUUCAUCUGUUGUUACAUUAAAAUACAUUUGUCCGCAACAUUGAGCAUGUGCUGCCUGUUGUGUAACUGUGUUUAUAAAAGAGGGGUAUUACUUUGCUACUUGCGCCCCCCCCCCCCCCC